CAUGUUUUCUACAGUAAUAGUUCAGUAGUUAUUAGGAAUUCUGCAGGAAGAAGUUCACUCAUCGUAUUUUUUUCAGCUGUAAUUCCAACUUUAGUUCGAGCAGUUCUCUUUUGCACAAAUGCUAUGCAUUUAUGGUGAUGUAUUCCCCUUUAACAGUUAGUGUAUUUCUGUUUCUCUACUACUGUCUCUGAUGCUUCUGUCUUCCUGAUAAAUGGGUGUAAGAACUAUUUUUAGUCUUGGUAAUUUUUGUCUGUUUCAACCGUUAUUAAUCUGCAUCUGGUAAAAAGCAUAAGCUUGUUCUUGAAACUGCUUUUAGAUAUUAUUACAGAACUGCUUUCAUUAUCCCUUUGUUGGUACAAUCUUACAUUGCAGUUUUACUAUUUCAUGUAGCUAAGUGGGAAGAUUCUGUUUCCUAAAUGAACAAUUGGGAACUACAAGAUCUUAGAAUAGAUUAAUUUGGAAGGAAAAGCAACCAACCGAGGGGCAAAAAAACUUCAAAAAAACAAACAAACAAAAAACCCCAAAACUUCCUUGUUAAAUACUUUUUUUUUAAUUAUCUAAUACCUUAACAUAGAACAGUAGGAUGUACAUUAACUUAAUCUACUCUUUGUUUAUUGUUAAAUAAAUCACAUAACAGAGAAAACUUGCUUUCUUAGAAUGCUUCACUGUUGUUAUGUGAUGGAUUUGUUAAUUAAGCUUUUAUUUUGAAUAUUUUUCAUUUUCCUAAGUGCUUCAUUUUGCUAUUUACUUGAUUGCUUUGCUGUUCUCUUUGAGGCCCUUUAAAGAACACCCAAAUACUUCUUUUCGUAGAAAACUUUGCACCUACAGCAGUGGCCAAGAAGGGCAAAGGAACAAGUUAAUGAUUGUUCUGUACCUCCUCUAACCUUGCCCUUUGUAACCGGCAGCAAAAGUGAAAGAAUUCUGAUGAGGGUCGUUGUUCGGUUGUGGGUUUUUUUUUUCGGUCCCAUUGAUAUGAGGCAGACUUGCAUCUGUUAUCAGAACAGAAUGUAAAUACUGGAAUUUGUUCUAAAGAUUGAUGGAAAAUAGAGAUGAAACCAGUAUCUGUUUUUGUUACUUUAUUACUAAACCUGGCCUGAUUGGAUACUAAUUCCUUAGGGCAAAACUAUUGAAACCUGAAAGGAGAGCCCUACUUAGGAAGAGAUGACAUGUAACGGCCCAGAUAACUCGGAAGCUUGUGCCACUCCAGACAGUGACUGUGACCAAGAAUGGGCACAGGAACACUAUCGACUAGGAACUUUUGUUGAAUUUCCACUUGGCUGUCCAGUUUCAGGAUCAGCACUAGCACGAGCUGGGUUUGUUUAUACUGGAAAAGGUGACAAAGUGAAGUGCUUCAGUUGCCAUACAACUAUUGAAGGAUGGGUGCCUGGGGAUUCAGCAGUUGAGAGACACAAAAAGCUUUCUCCAAAUUGCAAAUUUAUUACUGAAUCUACUUUUCUGGAAAAUAACAUGGAUCCUCUCGCCCAGAACUACCAGCAGAGAACUGAAAAUGCUUCCAGCAGUUCAGCCGUCCCAUGUGUUCUGGGUGACCCAUCUGAUGUGGAGGCAGAUUAUCUUUUGAGGACUAGGCAGGUUGUGGAUAUGUCAGAUAACUGGUAUCCUAAAAACCCCGCUAUGUGCAGCGAAGAGACAAGAUUAAAGUCUUUUCACAGUUGGCCCCUCGAUGUCCAGUUGACGCCAAAGGAAUUAGCUAAUGGUGGCUUCUAUUAUACAGGUGUUGGUGAUCAAGUGGCAUGUUUUUGUUGUGGUGGACAAUUGAAGAAUUGGGAACCUGGUGACAGAGCUUGGUCAGAACACAAGAGGCAUUUUCCUAAGUGCCUUUUUGUCCUGGGCCGGGAUGUUGGAAAUGUUCCAAGUGAAUCUAUUCCUGCUGAGCUCGGGAGAAGUGGUCUGAACAAUGCAGAGCAUCCAAGGAAUCCAACUAUGGCAAAAUAUGGAAAACGUUUAGAAACGUUUUUAACUUGGAUAUAUCCUGUUGACAAGGUGCAACUUGCUGAAGCUGGGUUCUACAGCAUAGGUAAUGGUGAUCAUGUUGUAUGUUUCCACUGUGGUGGAAGAUUGGAAGGAUGGAAGGAAAAUGAAGACCCGUGGGAAGAACAUGCCAAAUGGUUUCCUGGGUGCAGAUUUGUGAGAAGGGAAAAGGGGCUAGAAUUUAUAAACAAUGUUCACUUGAGAGAUGGAUGUAGGGAUUCAACAACAGAAGCUACUGAAGGGACAAUACUUCCUAAAGAUGAUCUCUUACAGAAUCCUUUGGUACAAAGUGCCAUAGACAUGGGUUUCAGUUUGUCUGAGAUUAGGAACACCAUGGAAAAGAAAUUGCAGAUGUCUGGAGAAAGUCACACAUCUGUUGGGGAUCUGGUAGCAGACUUAAGUGCUCAAAAAGAAAAUACAAGGGAAGAAGAACCAAAUGAAAUCCCAGUUGAGCAAGAUGAGCUUAUUCAAUUGCAAAACCUCUAUCUCAGUACGGAAGAGAAGUUAAGACGCCUGCAGGAAGAAAAGCUGUGUAAAAUCUGCAUGGCUAAAGACAUAUCAGUCGUCCUCCUUCCCUGUGGUCACCUAGUUGCCUGUAAGGAAUGUGCUGAAGCACUUGAUGAAUGCCCUCUGUGUCGUACAAAUAUUAUGAAAAGACAGGAAAUUUUUAUGUAUUAGUGAAAUACACAAUACUGCGGAUGCAAACGUUUCCUGCUUUAUUAUGUGUAAUGUAAUGUAAAAAAUGGAGUUAAUGCCAGGAUGCAGUCAUAUGGCAUUAUUUAGAUUUUUCUGCUGUCAAACUCUCCAUACAUUUUAUAAUUUUAAAAAUUAUUUUAAGUGAAUUUUUAUAUGUAAAAAACAAUGUUGAACGGCACAUAUAUAUGUACUGUAACUUUGAUUCAUAGACCUGAUUUGGGAAAGCCUAAGCUUUAUUUAUGCAAUCAUUCCUUUGCUUCACUUUGGGAGGACUCUGUAUGACUGAAGAUUAUGCAAAUACAGUUGUAUAAAGAGUGGCCCUGUAUAAAAUAUUUAUAUAAUUUUUUAAAUUCACUUGUGUACAUAUAUUACCUGAGAUUUUUACUUUUCAAAGUAGUGUAAGAUUGAAAAUGUUAUCUUAUUUCUGUAACUUUGAAUUAUGUCACAACCAGAGAAUACACAUAAACCUGCUGCUGCAGUAUUUCACCUUAUGUUUGCUACUGUUGCUCUGUAAGAUUGUCUAUUUUGAUAUAUAAUUUCUAUCUCCCCAUUUAUACUUUUUCUGGUUUAGAUGUAUAAAUUGGCUUCAGUAGAGUGGUUUUAGCCAUCCAUUUUUCACAAAAAUCCCUCUGUAUAUAAAAUAUACAUUAACUUAAUUCCUGAAGAGAGAGCUCAACAGAAAAUAAGGUGAAUUUACUACCAUGUGUCUGUCACGGAGGGAGUGGUUUCAUUUUAAAAUUGUUCCCCCUACACAAAAAGGUGUUCAUCGUUAUGGUUUUUUUUCUUGGUUGGUUUUUUUUUAACAUUUAGCAUUAUCCUAACUCAUUUAUCUGCUGAUGCUUUGCAGUGUUUCUGCUUGUCUAUUUUUUUGUAAGAGAUUAAACUCUGUCUCCAUUAAAAUGCUUUCUUUAAUGCACUUGUAAUGUUAGAAAUCUUUCACUUCUGUUCUUGUCAGUAUGCAGCAUUUAAACUAAAAAGUUAAGAACUAUUCUAGUGAGAGUCACCUUAAAAUACUUAAACUUUCUUACUGGACUGAUCCUCAGUUCUCCAAUCGAAGUCUCCAAGUCCAGUACACAGAAAUUUAAUGUCUACUUUCUUCUACUUUUUUAAAAUGUGCUGUGAUUAUAUGCUGGUGUAAUGUUGUGAAUAUUUAAAAUAAAGUGCAACCCACUUGUUCCUUGA